AGAGCUCCCAAUUCGGUCAGGUCCCGUCUCCCCGCUGGUGACCUGGCGGAGGUCGGUUAAACUGAAGGGGCGCGAGCUGUGGCUUUGAAUGGAGAUGAUGUUAAUGAGGAUGUGAUGGUGGACAGACAGUGGGUAUUUGAACAAAAGGUGUUAAAGAAACUAUAUUCUCCACCACUACCUCCUGAAGGAAGGAUACAGGAAGCUCCAACAAAAAUUUCAAGUGCAAAACAAGAACAAAAAGAGGAGGAAAGAAACAAAAUCACUGAUGAUUCAAUAGGUGAUGCGCAAAUUAUUCCUGUAUGCAGUAAAGUCUAUACAGUGAGCCUGCCACCUCCUGGAAGUGAAGUGUGCUCAACCAGAUCAAAUGAACAGCAUGAAUCUCAAGAUUCAAGUGGUGAAGAGCCAGAAGCAUCAAAAAAGAAAUACUUGAUCGAAAAUGUUUAUUCCACUGCGAACAAUGAUACCUGGAUACUUCAGACUGUUGCAGAUUCGAUCUGCUAGCAAAGUGACACUGAACAGCACAGACACGUUGAUGCAUGGCUCGGCUCUAUUUCUCGGCCUGUUAGGUUUCAGCAUGUCCUACUAUAGUACACGACAAAUGCAUCUUCAGCAAAAGUCAGUCUCUAAAACAGGCGCCUGAUAAAGAAGCAGAUGCUGAAUGUUCACAAAGCAAAGAAGAUGACAUUGCAAUUGAUGGUAAAUGUUGUCUGAUCACGUCCUGGAUCGCGCCAGAUGUCUUAAGAUUUCAAACACCAAAACACUGAUAGCUGUUACUUAAUUCCACUUGUAAUUUGUCCUGGCUAAGGCAACCGGCCUUUAGCUAAUGGAAUGUAUUACAUUCUGAAAUUUUGUGCGUAAAGAUAUAUUUGAAACUGAAGCUAAGGCAAUAUUGUAGCUAAUUAUGCAAAAUGAAGGCAGUAUGCCAUACGGAAAUGCUAUCAUUUGCCAUGAUGACUGUGCACAGUCUGAAAUCUAUCCAAAUGAUUCCUUUGUAGAAAUAAAAAGAAAACGAAACAUGAUAGCCUGUUUUUAAUCAUCAGCUUUUGAAAAGUUGCAGAUAUAGUCAGCUAAAUACACUGUAAGAAUAUAAGGAGUAGACAUAGGCCAUUUGGCUCUUCAUGCCUGAUCUUUUAUUCAAAAGAUCAUGGCUGGUUGUCUACCUCAGCUUCACCUUUCCACCCUAUUCCCAUAUCCCUUGAUUCCAGGAAUAUUCAAAAAUCUGUUGAUCUCUGUCAAUGACUGAGCAUCCACAGCUCUCAGGGACGGAGAAUUCCAAAGAUUCACAACCCUUUGAGUGAAGAAAUUUCUCCUCAUCUCGGUCCUUAAGGGCCUUAUAAUGAUCUCAUAGGAAAAUGCCCACAUGCGAAGAACCAGUCUACUGAUCAUUUGUUGCAUUCCCUCUAAGGCUAGUAUAUCCUUUAUCAGCAAACUUAGACACGCUACACUCAGUCCCUUCAUUUAAGUCUUUGAUAAAGAUCAUAAAUAGCUGAGGCCCAAGUACUGAUCCUUGCAGUAUAUCACUGGUUACCCAAAAAUGCCCAGUUUAUUCCUACUGUCUGGUUUCUGUCUGUUGACUAAUCUUUGAUACAUGCUAAUAUGUUGUCCACAAUCCCAUGAGUACUGUUUUCUCUGCCCUUUCUUGAAUAGCGGGGUUACGUUUGCUGCCUUCCAAUCCGAAGAGACCAUUCUAAAAGUUGGGGAAUCCAGGGAGAUCAAAAUCAAUGCAGCUACUAUUUUUGUAGCCACCUCUUUUAGAACCUUACAACAUAGGCCAUCAAAUCCAGGGGAUUUGUCAACUUCUGGCCCCAUUAAUUUCUCCAGAAUUAUUUGUUUACUAAUGCUAAUUUUUUUAAACUCCUCAAUCUCAAGAUCCUUCUUUAUCUAGAAUGCUUCUUGCAUUGUCCAACAUGAAGACAAAUCCAAAGAAUUUGUUUAUGUCUCUGCCAUUUCUUUAUUCUCUAUUAUAAUUUACCGGUCUGCCUGUAACUGACACAUGUUUACUCCUGCUUGUUUCUUUUUACAUACUUUUACAAUCUGUUUCUAUGUCCUUUACUAGUUUACUCUCAUCUUCUACUUACUUUCUCCAUCAAUUUCUUUGGCUGUCCUACGCUGAAAUCUAAAAUGCUCCCAAUCCUCAGGCUUAAUAUGCUUUGGAAACAUUAUAAGCCUUUUUCUUUAAUCUAAUACUAUAUUUAACCUAUUUUGUUAACCACCAUUGGACCACUUUUCCUUUGGGGGGCGCGGGGUGGUGGUUUAUUCUUUAAGGGUUUGUGUUUUGUAUGUGUUGUGACUUAGGAUUUUUAAAAAUGUUUGCCAUUGCAUAUCUACCAUCGUAUCUUUUAUUUAUCAUUAUAUCUUUACAAAGAUAUCAAAUAUAUACAAUGUUACUGUUCAAUUGUAACAAGUAAUAAUUUCAUUAACUUUUGUUAAACUGGUUUUGCAAGAAUUAUGUUUUUGGAUUUAUUUGUUCAAAAUGUCAUUUCUUUCAUUUUCUAACAAUCAUUAACAACAUAGUUGUAUUUUUCCAAAUGCAACAUUUCAAAUAUGAACAGAGCAUAGAGAUACAAUGCUCUGCAGUGGUAUGUUUGACUGCUAUUUAAAGAAUAACCUUUGUUUUAGUUUUUAAAGGCCAUUAACAACUUAAAAUCAGGAAACACUUAACCAAAAGCAUAGCAGAAAAUUAAUUAUCACCGUUAAUUAGAAGACAGAGCAGGAGAAAUAGGCAAAACUUUACCUCAAAGUGAAAACAGAAGUUCAAUUUUGCAUCAAUAUUGAAGUUCCUCUAGUGACACCUGGAGAUAAAAAACUGUCAUUACAAGAUGAAAACUACUGGGCUUGACUUCACGGUUAAAAUUAAGUGCGUUUUUACAGAAGUAUAGCGAAGAGCAGUCAUUUUAAUUUGCCUGGGGCAUGUGUGGCAGUAAUAAACGUGUUUUAAUUCAAUAUUUUACACAAUAGCUCACUGCAACAUAAUCCAUAUUUGGCCCAAGAUGCCCUAGGCAAAUAAGUACCAAUGGUUAAAUAACUAUUAUUUGCAUGGCCUGUGUCAGGAAUAGUAUGUUGACAACAGAUGAUUAACAUGAUGUUGUGUAUCAUCUGAGCUCCUAAUAUGAAAUAAAAUUAAUUACACAGGGAAA